CUUUAAGGUUACCUAACUUUUUGAAGAACGUUUACAGGGCCCUGACAAAUUCAUGCUGGUUGACAGUGUAUCACAGUGACACUGGGCACCUGAAAGGCAAAUUGGAGACAAAGACAACAACCAGGUGGCCUGGUUGGUGCUGGAGUUUAGUCCCAGUUUUGACGAAGGAAGGAUGCUGAGGAGGCUUUGGAAUUUGGAAACGAUGAUACGUCUUGAAAUCCCUGCUUGACUCAGCCAUGAAACCCAGACCCCAAAGGCUUUUCAAGAAGUGUGCUGCAGUCAGCAGGCGGGAACACAGCACCUCAGUGAGGGAGACAGCGCCAGUGGAGGGCUAACAUCAUAUGCAGAUUACCAACGGUGUGUGGAACACUACAUUCAAAGCCAAGAUUGAGUCUUGGAGACAACUUGAACUUUUUUACUGAAGAUGCCAUUUUUAUCAGGAAUGCUGUGGUCAACCAUAGAAGCUCUCCAGUGAUGAGAGAGCCAUGGGAAAAACCGCAAACCAGAUCCCGAUUGAGAGGGUGUGAUCUGGUUCAUCUAUGCAGACGUGUCGAGACGCAAACGUCCAUGUCGAGCUGCAUCGUGACAAACAACGGUACACCCUAAACAGAAGUAAUCCAAGCUGAAGGCAGCAGUAUGGAAGAAGAAGUUAGGAUGGCUGAGACAGAACAGGGAGCUGCCAUGAGCAAUGAGGCACAGUCCAGUGGACACAUCUCCAACAACAGUCCUGCUAAAAGGGGAAGGGGAAGGCCGCAAGGUUCAAAGAAGCUGAAGGUUUGUGUUACAGAUGUCAACCUAAUGGAGCUGGCUCCAGGCAUGUCCAAUGGUGGGGCCACACAGCCCAAGAGGGGUAGAGGGCGUCCAAAACUCUCUGGCACAACACACACAGCUCAAGAGGGUUCAGGAGAUGACCAUGCCAAUAAUUCUGUGCAAACGCAUAGUGGUAAAGGGAGGCCAAAGGGGUCCAAGAAACAGGCCAGUAAUGGAGACACUCCUACAACAGACCAUACUCAUAAGAAAAGAGGCAGGCCAAAAAAGCCUCUAAUCAAAAGCUCCCCUGAGCAGGCUGCUGCUGAAGACUUACCGAAUGGUGGCUCUGAUACACCAAAAAUGGGAAGGGGUCACCCAAAAGGCUCCGUGAAGCGCAAGUUAGAAAGUUUAACAAGUGGUGAAGAGGAUGAAAGCAGUUUGGUACAGUCUAGGAAAAGAGGUCGACCAAAGGGCUCUCUCAAUAAGAAACCCCGGCUGGAGAAAGAGGUGAGCAGUGAGGGGGAGGUGGAAACUGACGUAAGCCUGAGCUCACUGAAAAGGGUGAGAGGUCGGCCUCGGAAGGUGGAGGUGAAUAGCACAGGGGAGUCAACACAGGAUACACCAAAUGGCAUCUUGCACACGCCUCGUAGAGGGAGGGGAAGGCCAAGAAAAAGUGCCGAACAGAAGAGCAGAGAUCAACAAGAUCUGGUCACAGAUGGCUCUCAGCCAAUAAAGAGGGGACGAGGUCGACCUAAAGGCUCAUUAAACAAGAAACCCCUUGCAUAUAAGGUACACGGUAAAGUAGGUCGGCCUCGGAAUGUACAUAUUCCACCCGCAAUAGGGAAGCGUGGUCGAUCAAGAAAACAGCCAGGCAAAAGGGGAAGGCCCAGGAAGUACCCUCUGCCAUCACCUGAGGAGCUGAAAAAGCCAAAAGUAUGGAAGCCACUGGGACGCCCGAGGAAGUACCCACGUGUUGAUCCUCCAGAGGGGGCUCCACUUGCCCCCCGCAGAAGCCGUGGUCGGCCACGCAAGUCUGAGUCUAAGAAAGGCGCCCACUUACGCAAGAGUUUGCCAACCAUUCCAUUCCCACCACACAACCUCAACGAUGGACCCUCGAGAAAAAGAGGCCGCCCCCCAAAUACUGCAAAAAGUGAGGAUGUCAUCCUGCGAAAAAGGGGCCGUCCUAAAGGUUCAGUCAACAAAAAUAAAACCAUAAGGGAAGCACAGCUCAGCAGCACACACUCCAACCGUUCGAAAGAAAAAAGCGGCUCAUCUGCUGUAGGGGCGGAAUAUGAAGGAGAGGCCGCAGCAGACGAGUUGGAGCACAACAUGCAGACGAUGACCAGAAAUGAUACUGAAGAAACGCUCGUCAAACAGGGUGCAGGCUUUGAAGUUAGUAAUCAGGCUUGUUGACUGAUCCUGGAUGACCAAAAAAGUUGCUGUUUAAAACAGAGAAUACGAUCCACACAUUUUUAACACUUUGCUAGAUACUCGAUGGCUCCUCCAACUAACUUAUUCAUCUUGUUUUAUUGUGCAUAAUUUUUAAAAAAAAUAUUUAAUUUCUCUCAUUUAAGUCAGCAGUAGUACUAAUAAUCUUUUAAUAGAACUGCCAUGUAGAGUUUAUAACCAUAGAAUAAUUGUUGCCAUUUUCAGACGUAGUGUUUGUGGGUUCAAAUGUGACAGUCCACUUUUUUUGUAGUGGGGGGGUGGGGGGGAUUAGAGAGGAACAUUGAAACCAUAGAAGGCUGAAGUCCUGGUGUCAUCCUCAGGCUGUAGCCUCUUUUCCAUUUCUGUAACUGUCAUUGAUAAUUUGUUCUCCUGUCUUUCUGAAAAAAUGAAAUGAAUUCCUGGGGUUUACUUUCCAGUUUCUGGCACAUGAUAACAGAGUGACGUGGGGUUCAGUCAUAUUGUUUAAAGAUGUUUUUCAGAACUGAUAUCCAAACUUUAUUUUACUUAGUGAGUUUCAUUUUUUGUCCACCAAAUUCCAUGAUGAUUGAGAUUCAUAAAACAGAUCUGGGAGUACAUGCUGCUUUAUAAAUCUGAUGAAAUCAGUGCUAUGCUCGAUACUGUCAUGGUGCGUAUGCACAGUUUUAGUCAUGAGUCUACACAGAGUUUUGUGCAUCUGGCCCCUGAAUGUGCAGCUAGUUCACUAUUAUCAACUUAAAAAGAGAUAACAUGUCAGUGCUGUGUUUAUACAUUGUUUCCACUGCCCCGGGCGGCAAACAAAGAAUCUGUUAAAGCAGCUUUAAGCUACAGUAUGAUGGUCUGUGGCUGAGAUGCUGUUGAAGGC